GGACAUUGGGGCCCAGGCAUCAGCUUUUUUCCAGUGUGUGGCGGUGGUUUUGGCGCUGCCAAAACCACACCGCUGAUGUGUCCGGCUUACGGGUGACUGUUUGAGGGCGGGCAAAUUGUCCAGGUUUCUUCAUCAGAAACGUGAGCCAUGGGGUGCCCCCAUAUCGAAAGCGGGUCUACGAUGGUUUCCCAGACGGAACGGCUCACCGCCGAGGGGGCGGAAGAUGGGUCUUCCUUUUCUGGGUGAGACUCCACUGCAGGGAAGGUCCCUUAAGCAUCUGAGCUGAACGACUGUGAGCAUGAAGCCUUGAGAGUUUGUGAAAAGGCUCCUUCUUCUGGCUUUUCUUCUUUACUUUUUGUCGUUGUUGGGUCGUCUUGGUCGUGCUGGUUGGUUUGCGCCGUUUUUUGUUUUCUCGCCUCUCUUUUUUUUCCCUUUCGGGUAGCCUCCUACUUGACUCUCCUCGCCCCCUUAUCAUCACCCCACUGCUAAAAUGCGCGGCAUCGAAGAAGACGAAGAUCUCCCACAUCUGUGGCAGAAGCCUGCCUAUUCAGUCAUUUUGGAGGCUCUAGAAAAACUUAGGGUCGAGCCGCCUGUUUGGGGAGCAAAGGUCUCUCGAUCAGAGAUCAUCAAACAACAGGCCGCUGUUCAGACUGCUCAUGAGCGCAAGGAGGCUAUUGCUUUUCUGUCUUCGAUCAUCAAGAGUGGGCUAUCAUGGCUGGGGGACGACGAUGAGAGGGAGGUGAUUUGGGAAGAGGCCAGCAAGCGCAUGUCAGAGCGCUGCGGGCGAACAGCUAUGGGCGAGAUCAUCAGGAGCUGGCCCUUUGAGAACCCCGAUUAUGGUGCAUUCAGCCUCACUAUCAGAGAGCCGCCAUUAACGGGAGACUCUCUCGGCUUAAAGACAUGGGGCUCGUCCUACGCACUAGCCCAGAGACUUCACGAGUUCGCCUCUGGCCCUCUGGCACAUUUGGUUCGCUCUUCUCAAAAGACAGAGGAGGUUCUCGAGCUUGGGUCUGGAACUGGCUUACUCGGCUUAGCCGCGGCGUCUAUCUGGAGGAAAACCGUCUAUCUUACCGAUCUCCCCGAAAUCAUGUCCAACCUCGAGCAUAACGCUUCACUCAACCGCGCUCUCGUAGAAGAACGUGGAGGCAGAGUUGAAGCUGCUCCUUUGACGUGGGGUGGCAGCGAAGAAGAGGUCGACCCGAGGUUUCGAUCAGGAAAACGGUUCGAGCUCAUCAUCGUUGCUGACCCAUUAUACGACGAUGAUCACCCCGCUCUGCUGGCCAGUGCCAUAGACGAGCAGCUUGCUCUCAAUCCAGAUGCUCGUGUACUGGUUAUGGUGCCGCAAAGAGACGAGAUCACCAAAGAUCUUUGCAGGACGUUGAGGGCCGAGCUCGGCAGACACACCAAUCCGUUGAUUUGUCACCAUGAGAAUAUUGUAGAUGGUGAAGACGAUUGGGGCGAUGGGAACAACGACGACUCACAGCAAGUUGGCUUCUGGUGGGGAAUUUUGGGGAGAAGUUCUUAAACCACAAUAACUCGCCCACUUUCUUUUUGUUUGCAUUGAUUAUUAUCAAGACACAUGACGAUCAAGGGUUUUAAUUUUAUGUAC